CAAUUUCAAACAUAACCUCAACAAUUUAGUCUAACCGCUUUAAUCGUCUCAUAUUUAUCAAUAAGAUUAUUAUUAAGUGUUAAAUUAAAAAAAAAAAAAUGCCAAGUUGGAGUCAAAUACAAUCUCAAUUACGACACCCGGCGAACCCUGUAGUAUUUUUUGAUGUAUCUGUAGGAACAACGGAAAUCGGACGAAUGAUAUUCGAGUUAUAUGCUGAUGUAGUACCAAAAACCAGUGAAAAUUUUCGUCAAUUUUGUACUGGGGAGUUUAGAAAAGAUGGUGUUCCGUUAGGGUUUAAAGGAGCUGGUUUUCAUAGGGUUAUUAAAGAUUUUAUGAUUCAAGGUGGAGAUUUCGUGAAUGGUGAUGGAACGGGUGUGAUGAGCAUUUAUGGUGGUGGAACAUUCCCAGAUGAAAACUUUAGUUUAAAACAUGAUGGACCUGGUUUAUUAUCAAUGGCUAAUAGUGGAAAAGAUACAAAUGGAUGUCAAUUUUUUAUAACAUGCUCAAAAUGUAACUUUUUAGACGGAAAACAUGUUGUUUUUGGACGAGUUAUGGACGGGUUAUUGGUUAUGAGAAAAAUUGAAAAUGUGCCUACAGGGCCUAAUAAUAAACCUAAAAUACCCGUUACUAUUAUGCAAUGUGGACAAAUGUAGCAUUUAAUUAAUAAAAAGAAAUUAACUUGA